AUGGAGAAUGAGCAAAAGGAUGAGGUUGUUUGGGCUGUGAAUAGAUUAAAAGACUUGAUCAUUAAUGGAGACAAUCUGCCGAAGGUCUUUGUUACAGACAAAGACCAAGUUUUGAUGGAAGCAUUGGAAACUGUUUUUCCCGCAACUCGCUGUCUUCUAUGUCAGUUUCAUGUACUUAAGAGUGUAAUUGGCGAGAUGAAGAAACUUGUGAAAGACAUUGAGACGCGUGAAGACAUUACUGAUAGAUGGAAUCGGUUGAUGUAUGCUGCCAACGAGGUUGAGUAUGAUAAAGCUGUGGGUGCUAUGUCGAAUACCGGUGAGCUCUGGACUUACAUUGAGACUAACUGGUUGCCUUUGAGAAGCAAGUUUGUGAAGUUUGAGAUUGAUACUUGUAUGCACAUGGGGUGCACGACAACAAACAAAGUUGAGGGGGCACACUCAAAGCUGAAGAAACUAUUGUCCGACAGAAAGGGUGACUUGGUCAUUGAGUGGACUGCGAUGAACAAGCUUAUUAUCAUGCAGCAUGACAAGAUAAAGGAGUCCUUCCAGCUCAGCAUAUUUGUCACUGAGCAUUCUGUGAAUGACCCAUUCUAUAAGCAUUUGCGCGGGUUUGUAUCUAGAGCCGCAUUGCACAUUAUUGUUAAAGAGAAGACUCAAAUUGGCAGGAUUGGGGUUGGUGGUAUAUACUGUGAGUGUGUACUUAGGAGAACCCAUGGACUACCAUGUGCUUGUGAGCUCAUGAAGUUUGAAUCUGUCCCAUUACUUGCAAUUCAUCCACAUUGGAGGAAAUUGACUUGGGAUUCUUCGGACCGUGAUAUGGAUCCAACAUUGGGUUUGAGUUUUGAGUCUGAAUUUGACAAAUUACGAACCAAGUUCGAGGAGUCUUCACACGGAGUUAGAAUGUCAAUCAUUGAGAGCCUUAGAAUGAUUACUUAUCCAGAAACGACUUCUAUGUGCGCUCCAACAAAGAAGAAAACCAGGGGUAGGCCAAUGGGAUCCACUAACAAGCCCAAGAAGUUUGUCAAGGGAUGUGGUGAGACCUCUACAAAGCGCAUUCCUUGUAGAUGGGAGACUAUUGACAAAGAGUAUCCGGGCUCGUGGCGUGAUAGCAACACGACACCAUUACAGGAACCUUCUCCAAAGGUUAGGUCUCAAAAGGCUUCUAAGGCUUCAAAGCCUCAUAAGGCUUCUAAGGUACAAAGUCCUCUGAUCCGGAUAGUGUGUACAGAGAAUAAGAAGCCUGUGAGUAGUUACCUACGUCGACGCAACCUUAAACAAAUCCCUGAUGAGUUUCAUCCAUUCAUUGUUGACUUUAUAAAUGUAAAGGGAGAUGGCCACUGUGGAUAUAGAUGUGUUGCAUCGUUGAAGGGUCUUGCAGAAGACGAUUGGCCACUUAUACGUAGGGAACUUCUGACAGAGCUUGAUUCGGAUGCUAAUAUGUACAUCAACAUGUUUGGAGCCAGCGAGGUUAACCAAAUGCGUUUAGCUCUAACAGUUAAGGAUACUAAGCCCGUAGGUGAAGACAAGUGGAUGAUGAUACCAAAUAUGGCCUACCUUAUUUCCACAAAAUAUAAGUUCAUAGUGUUGACUAUUGCUAAUACCGGAUGCAACACUUUUUAUCCGUUAAAAGGAAAGGCGGACCUAGUGGAAGAACACAAAUUCAUGCCGAUUGUGCUUGUCAAUAAAGAUCAUUUCGUUGGGGUUACUCUUCGUGAAGGCCAUCCAAUGCCGACCACAGCUCACUUGUGGGCAUACAACUGUCACCCGGAAGCAAAAAAAUGGGAAGAGCCUUACAAAGAGCGCAUUGAAGAAUACGCGGCUUAUCUGAAACAAAAAAAUGGAGGAUGUAGUGAUAUUAUUGACCUUAGUGAUGAUUAA